CCCCCGUUCCUCCUCCCGUUUUGUUUUUGCGUUUCUCUCUCAUCUUCAGCGCGCGGUCGGGAUAAACGAGAGAUAGCUUUGCUGCCAUUAUUAUUAUUACUAUUUUGAUAAAAGUCCAAGCCAAGAAUUAAAAAGAAGAAGAAAGAUGGUGGACCGCGAGCAGCUGGUGCAGAAAGCCCGGCUGGCUGAGCAAGCCGAGAGAUACGACGACAUGGCGGCCGCCAUGAAGAACGUGACGGAGCUGAACGAGCCCCUGUCCAACGAAGAGAGGAACCUUCUGUCGGUGGCCUACAAGAACGUGGUGGGGGCCCGGCGCUCCUCCUGGAGGGUCAUCAGCAGCAUCGAGCAGAAGACCUCGGCCGACGGCAACGAGAAGAAGAUCGAGAUGGUGCGGGCCUACCGCGAGAAGAUCGAGAAGGAGCUCGAGGCCGUGUGCCAGGACGUGCUCAGCCUGCUCGACAACUACCUGAUCAAGAACUGCAGCGAGACCCAGUACGAGAGCAAAGUCUUCUACCUGAAGAUGAAAGGGGACUAUUACCGCUACCUGGCCGAGGUGGCCACGGGGGAGAAGAGGGCGACGGUGGUGGAGUCCUCUGAGAAGGCCUACAGCGAAGCCCACGAGAUCAGCAAGGAACACAUGCAGCCCACUCACCCCAUCCGCCUGGGCUUGGCGCUUAACUACUCUGUUUUCUACUACGAGAUCCAGAACGCCCCCGAGCAGGCGUGCCACCUGGCCAAGACGGCCUUCGACGAUGCCAUCGCCGAGCUGGACACCCUCAACGAGGACUCCUACAAGGACUCAACGCUCAUCAUGCAGCUCCUGCGCGAUAACCUAACGCUCUGGACAAGCGACCAGCAGGACGACGACGGUGGCGAAGGCAACAACUAGGACCUCGCCCCCCCUCCGGAUGGACUGGCAGCCGCACGCUGAUGAUGCUACUACUGCAGUCUUUAAUUUUGUUUUCCCACGAGGUGUGGGGGGGAGGGGGUCGGGUGGGGGAGGGGGACAAAACAAAAAACACAAAAAGGAGGGGCGACCUUCCAGGGAGGCUCCCCCCGCAACCUGUCUUUGAUUGCCUCUGUUGACACUUUUGCCAAAACACAACUUAGCGGGAAAGGUCAGGCUUGGCUGUGCUUGGGUGGAAUGGAGUAACUCGAUUGUGGCAGCCUCACAAUGGCGAAUGGACUGUUCUGUAGACUUAUUAAUUCAAGGGGGA